GACGUCAGACUUACUCCUGUGACAAGGAAUUAAAAUCAAAAUCAAAUGGACUGUGUCAUUGGUUUAGCUGACUGGAUAAAUGAUAUUUUUGUGUUAAAUAUUGUGACCGAUUUGAAUAGAAAGUGAUUUGUGGAUGUUUUUGUGAAUUGAAAAAAUGCAAUUUUAUAUGGAUUUUGGACAGACUUGGAUGAAAAAGCAUCAUCAAUAUAAAUUUUUUAUGGGGAAUAUAAACAUUUAAAAUUAUCUGUUUAGAAGGACAUAAAAGUGUCAUUUUGAAAGAUUAAUGUCAGAUAAUCAGAAUAUGGAUUUAUAAGGAUUGACUGGAUUAAUACUAUGGAACAGCUAGCUAUUUACAGAGUGUAACAAUAGUAUGUUACAUCUAUUAAUUCCGGAUUAACUUUUUAAUUUGUGCAAAAAAACACCAGACAUUUAACAUUGAAAACAAUAAUCAAUGGAAAAAUGUUUAAGUGACUCAAUAAAAAAAGUGACUCAAGUUGGAGGAUUUAAUAUGACUAUGUUUUAAGAUAUUGUUGAUAAGUUCUUGUGUUUAUGUUGGCAUUUAGUACUUGCCAAAUUUCCACACGUUUUCUGGACAUAAAACGACGUCAGUUAUGCCGAAAAACAAAAACAAAGUUCUUGGGACAAGCUCCCUUAAAGUUAAGCCGAAGAAAAGACCAGGGUUGAUUAAACAAUUAUCUCAGCCUUUCUUGACUUCCAACAAGAAGAAUAAAAAGUCGACGUCAGAGGAGAAGGAUGAGUUAAGACUUUUUAGUGGUUACGAUGAUAUGUUUUUACCAGACAGUCAUAAACAUGCAGAAGACACAGUGUAUUUAUCAUCAGAGAUGGAACUGGAGUCGUUUUUACAUUUCGAUAAGUCACCACUUUGCAUAAAGAUUUCAGAAGGGAGGGAGAAAUGUUUCAGCGGCGAUAGUGGUUACAUGUCACCACCGUGUCAAAGUGAACUUCUUUCCCCGGGGGUAGGGACUGCCCCCGCUAAAGGAAUUCUGAAAAAGACAAGCGUUUCCCCCGAGGUGAGAUGUGACUCACCGACAGUGAACUUUGUGCAGUUACAAAAUGGCCGUGCAACGCCAGACCCGAUUCGAGCUAUGUCUCCAAUUAACUGCGAACGUGCCAAGUCACCAUUUGAUCGUAGUCGUGCGAUAUCCCCAAUUGAUCGCGCAAUGUCACCUAUUGGAAUGGAGAGUAUCGAAAAUGCUCUUGGAUUCCUUGAUGAUAUUAUUGAUGAGGAAAAUACCAGAAAGAAUGUUAAGAAGUCUGUCUCAUUUGGUGAUAUCGCUGAAGUUAAGAACUUUCUCAGUGAUUCUUCAGAUAAUGACCUGUUUGAUGAGCUUAUGCCAAUUAGGCAAAAUGUUUCAUUUGGCGAUGUUGAAAACUUGAAAAGACAGAAAGACGAGUGUACAGUCCUUCAAAAAAGUGUUUCUUUCGAAGAUAUUUAUGCCAAACCGUGUUCAAAUUCAAGUAUUCAUUUUGACUUUCUGACACGCAGCCAGUCUUGCGAACAAAUUCCCUUACAUGAUACAGACAGUUCAGAGGAGGAAAUGGAAAAUGAAAUAUUGGAAAUAGAAGAAAAAUCGGUGAUAGAAAAAUCGGAAAUCGAGGAUGACGGGAAGGAAUGUGGUUGUGAAUCGAUAUGUGAGUUUGAGGUAGAGGUCAAGGUUGUGGAUAUUCAGCCAAGGUCAAAGGUUGAAGGUCAGGAAGAGAAUGAGGAAAAUGAGGUUGCCAUGGAUACAUGCACUGUGAUAGAUAGCUUUAAUAUUUUGAUCUGUCACCACCCGGCAUGUACAAAGAACAAUGAGAAUCGACCCAUGUUGUUGUGUAAAGAGUGUGACUCGACGCUACACUCGCGACCCGAGUCUAGCGGCCAUCUUGUACUGGAUCUGCCCAAGAGAAAGGCUGUCAAUGAGAAGACGGCGCGGUUCAUGCACACAAACUCCACCCCAAACUUCAUCAACCAAUCACUGACAAGUAUGGAUAUAGAGGAGAUUGAGCCAGGAGAGGGGGAUGAUGACGGGGAACUGGUGGUUGCCAUGGAGACGGACAGGAAGAAUUCUGUCAGUAAAGACAUUGUAGACGGGUCUGAAGCGGAGAAAAAACUGAAACGUAAAAAAGUUGUGAAAGCCAAACGACGUCACACUACGGGAUUUCGAAGUCAUAGCGCCAGUGACAUAUUUGGUCACCCUGUUAACUCGGAUGAUGAAGGGUCACAUGAGCAUCGCUAUAGUUACCAUGGUAGUAUUGACGAAAACACUCUAAUGGCCUCGUCUGGACGAUCACCAAACCAAGCUCUCCAGCGAGUCGGAAAGGGGACAAUAAACCAUGAGACAUUCACCUUGAAGAUUUUACUCCCUUGCGGAGACGAGGACAUUGAAAUAAUCGCUGCUGAAAAAAAUGUCUCCCUCAGAGAAUCCAUACAGCCCAUUCUGGAGCGAAGAAGAAUGGACAUUGACGAGAUCAACAUAUUCGUUGAGGCUUCGAAAACACCCCUCCCAAUGAACUGUGAAACUUUCCUGCUAGGGGGGACAACUAUGUUCAUCAAACAGAAGGAUGGAGAGCCCAGUCUACCGUCUGGUUCCCAGUCUCUGAGUAAGGCAACUGGUUCCAAGCUCUCUGGUGGAAAGAGUCAGAGCACCAAGUCAAAAUCAGGGAUGUCGAGGCGAGAAUCAGUGAUUGGUAGGGCUCAGUCCAUGCUCGAAGCUCCGAUGUCUAAGCAACGUCGGAGUUCCCUACAACUUCCGUUUCAAGCCUUUUUUCCCUCGCCUAAGCUCGGCGAAAACUCCCGAGCAAACCAUGAUGAGUCGUCCGGAAGUUUACGAAGUCGGCGGGGAAUAAACCUUUCUAUCGACGACACAUCUUUUCCGAUGGAGCUCAAAGCUUCGAUAAGUCCGCAGGGAACGCUUCGUGAAAAUGAUACGCGAAAACAGAAGCAGCCGAGUAAACUGACCACACUCUUCAGUCCGAUGAAUAAGGAAAAAGAAAAACAAGAGCAAUUAAGCGAGAUGCUGAACAACUACAGUACCAAUGAAUUACCUCCCUUCCCAGAGUUGAUGAAAAUAGGGCAGAUCCAGUUCGACGAUGAAACCUUCUCCAUUGAAAAUGACUGGCGGGAAAUUGUUGGAAAUUCACAGGACUUGACGAAGCGCCAACAGGAUCAGCAGGAAGCGAUAUGGGAACUUUUACAGACAGAACUCCAGUAUAUACGCUCGACACGAGUCAUAUCCGAUUUAUUUUUAUGCGUCCUCCUUAAUCUACAAAAUGAGCUCAUAUUAAACGAGAUUGAGACUCACAAGUUGUUUAACAACAUAUCGGAGAUUUCCGCAGCUAACGCAGAGUUCUGGCGUAACCAUCUCCGGAAAGUCCUGGAGGAGACGCGGAAUAACGCCACACCUCUCAACCCCUCCCUCAUGAAACAAGGCUUCCAUAUGUACCAUGAUAUUUUCCAACCCUAUGUGCAAUACUGUGCCAGACAGAAGGUCUGCACCGACUACAUGAAAUCCCAGUAUAAUGAAAACGACCUCUUCAAAACAUUUGUCAUUUGGGCAGAGGCACAGAGCCGGUGUAACCGUCUCAAGCUGACCGAUCUACUGGUCAAGCCAAUGCAGAGACUGACCAAGUACUCGCUUCUCCUCCAGGCGAUACUGAGAAAAACAGAAGAUGACCAUCAGAGAAGAGAUUUACUUGAAAUGAUAGCCAGUGUGGAUCGGUUUGUUCACCACGUGAACGCAACGCUACAUCAGCAACACGAGGAGGAGAAACUACAGGCAAUCGUGGACAAGAUAGAGCCGUACGAUGCGGUAGAUGCGCCAAAUGAUGAAUGUCUUAAGCUCAUUCAGCCGUACAACAGCAACUUUAACUUGACGGCGCCAAUGCCGGGCUGUACGGCCGGUCAGACUCGAGGGCUUGUGAUGCAGUCGCCACUCAAGAUGAAGGAAUACCAAAAUAGGAUGGAUGUUGAAUGUCUGCUAUUUACAGACCUGCUUCUGAUUUGCAAGGCAAACAAGCGCAUGGACAAAUACAAGAUCGUUAAACCUCCGAUGAGGGUCGAUAGGAUAAUUACGCAUGAACUGAAAGACAAAGGGAGUUUCCUGUUGAUCUACGUGAAUGAGUACCACGUCCCCGUGUCGUCAUUCACCUUCCAUGGCGACCAGAACGCUGUGCACAUCUGGGUCACACAUAUCAAAAAGGCUCAGGACCUGUUCCAAGAGGCGAAGGUGGCAUCAGCCCAUCACGAUAAGGCAAUGUUCCCACAGUCCGAAAUUAUCACCGAAGAAGUUAUCGGCUACACCCCACUCGGUAUGGUCGAAGGCUCCGACGGUCUACCUCUCUUGCAGCUUACACGCUGCGCUAGCGAAGAACCUGACAGCCUUCGUGCUGACAGUGUCAGUUCCCCAAUUAAUCGAUCAAGGUCGUGGAAUGAGAUGACAUCAAGUAGCUCAGAAUCGAGAUCGACAAAUCCUCAUGUGCCUCAGUAUGUUGACGCUGGGACCGGGACGAGUGGUAACCAUGGGGUAGUGAUGGUGUCCAGUGCUAGUGACUUAGAACGCGUGUCUAAUAACGUGACUCCAAAUACAGGUGGACAUGCAACAGUGCAAUAUUCGAAAUCUGAUCCAACUGUGUUUAGCCAGUAUAUCGGAGAUGACAAACUCCAAGUGCCCGGUUUGUCAGUGUCGGCAGGCACGAGUGAAAGUGACAUGUCAAGUCUGCCAGAGUUUGUUGACGUGAACAUGAAGUCAAAAUUAUACCAGCGACGGCAAUCUAGGACAGAGAAACGCUACCACACAGCUGACGCUGUGCAGGAGCUGAAUAAAAAUCAGGAUCGUGAUAACAGUAUACACAAACGCCUCAGUUGGAAUUUUCCAAACGGGGACAUUGGGUCUGAUAAACAGGGUGUGCUUAAAUCUAAGGUUAUGAGCUCAGACUCUAUUCGCAGUAUUCCAAGCUCUAGUGGUGUAUCUUCGACGGGCUCUCUCCACUUAAGCCCUGAUGGUGACAUUUGUGAAGUGGACAGUGACCUCGAAAUGAACGACUUUGAUCACCAGAUACCUCAUGAUAUGAACGAAGAUGAUAUCGAUUAUUACACAAAUAGCUCACAACACACAAAGUCAAAAUCGACACCGGAUAUCGUGAGUCUUAUGCAGGAUUUGAAUACGGGGGAAAUUGGAGAGAUGAAGGAUGGCAUUAAAUCGGUCGAUUUGCCAUACUGUGAGGACCCGAAUAUCAGACUAUCGCACGCUCAGCUGUUGAGAAUGAAGAAACAGCUGUUACUGAGCUCAAAUGUUGAGGCCAGUGAGGUUUAGAGCGAGGCUGUUCCAAUCACCUCCCCCCGCUGGUAGUCAUGACAUCUCAUCUGUGAUACUGUACCCCACCCACUUUCACCAUUAUACUUACAACUGACUCAUCGUUGUCAACCAUCGCUAUGGAAACCACAUAAACAUCUUAUAUUCUAGAAUCUUUAUAUACACAUUGAAAAUGUCUCAAAUAAUUAACUGAAUAUCUAUAUGCAUUUAUUAUUGUACUGUUUUUUGAGCAGGUAAUAUUAUAUAUAGUUAUUAAUUGUUACUAUAUACUAAAAUUUCUAACUGUUACAUUUUUGUUAUAAAAUGAAUGUUAAUGUACAUUAAACAUCAUAUCUAUUUUUACAGCAGAAAAGUUUAUACGUGGAAUUUAUCGCUAUAUGCACUUAACAAUUGGCUAUGUUGAAAUCAACUAUUGAAUGAGUUAAAUUGAAUAAAUAUGUAUUAUAUUUUAUAAUUUGUUAGAAGAAUUUAUUGGUUUAAAAACGAUCAUGAUCUGAAGUUAAAGGUUUUUUUAUGCAUUACCUUUAAGUGUGUUCAAUUUUAAUGUCUACAAAUCACAAGUGCUUGAUAUUAAUGCAAAACUGUAGAUUAGAAUUUUUCCAAAAAUUAAUCACUUUAAUUUGAUUUAUAUGGGGUACUUAAAUAUGUUAUGAUUAAGCAACGAAUCGCAAUAUUACCAAUAGUUCUCCCAUGGAGCCAAUUUUUCGAAACAUCUUAACCCUUAUUACAGUAUUAAGCUAAGCGUACUUUUUUUGUUUUGGUUAUUUAUUUGUGAAAAAUUUAUAUUCUUAAAAGUUUUUGGACUUUGGAAUUGACCUUUAUGAUAGUCACAAUAAACUAAUUGUCAUUUGGUAAAAUAAAGAUUAAGUAAAGAAUAUGGACCAAUGAAAUGAGUUAUAUUAGGUUUUUAGGCGUAAGAACUUUCAAGAAAAUGGGGACUGCCAAUUAAUUGUUGAAAAAAAAUGUUUUGAAAUAUUUAAGAGUAUUUAUGUUAUACUUUGAUGCAAUUUUUUAAGUAAAGGUUAAAAACAAUCAUUUGAAAGGAUAGAUAUUUUUUCUAGAGUCAUACGUGUUGUAAUGAAGUAAUAAGUAAUAACAGCUGCAGUGUAUUCUUGGGACUGUUAAUAAAGAUCUUAGUCAUAAAACAAAAUUAUCUGAGUAUCAUAGUUUCAUUAUUUUGUUUCAUAUUUGAGUGUACAGAGAUUUAGCCAGUAUUAAAAAUGUACGUGAAGUUAAGGAAAUAAAGGAAAUCAAUAUCUUGCCAUUUGUAACAUUUAUGUUUAUGCAGGUUUAAGAUUAUUGAAGUUACGGCUUAAAUUGCUUUAUUGAAACAGCCCCAAGAUCACGUUAAAGGAAUUGUCCCUCUCUUAGAUUUCACAGCUUCGGUUGUUUUAUUUAAUUAUAACACAAGUUCACAUCAAACAGUAAUUAGGGAAUCAAAUUUUCAAAAGGAUAACUUAUGCUUAUCAGCAAAAUUUCUGUUACAUUUUCAAAUAUUUCGGAACACAAUAAUAAUUGUAAAAACUUCUGAUGUUAUGAGCAGUUGGUCCUCAUUUCACACAAACAUAUAAAUUUUGAUGUCUGACUCUUUAAAAUGUGAGAGAGUCCCUUUAAUACUUCCAUACAGUCGAAACCCUUUGGCUCGAUAUCGAUAUCGCUUGGCUCGAUUUCCUUGUUGGCUUGAACUGGAUGUUAAGGACAAAUUUUGUUUAACACUUUGUAAGCAUUCUCUCUUGGCUUGAAAUUCACUAGGCUCUAAGCAUUUUGGCCAGUCCCUGGGAUAUCGAGCCAAUGGGUUUCAACUGUACAAGGGGAGAAAGUCCCUGUAAUACCUGCAUACAUAUAAGAUCAUGAUAUCUCAUAAAUUAACUAACAAUUGAUAUUGCAUAAAAGUUGAAGGAACUAACAAAUAUGAAUAGUGUUUUAAUAUCACACAAAUGGAAAGCCUAUUAUUUUAUGUUUCAACUGAAUUGUUCAAUUUUGUCUUGUUUGAGAAAAUAUGAUAGUUAACUUUUUGAAUGCUUGAGAGAAAUUAAUAAGUGAUUCUCUGACCUUAGGGCAAACGUCUUUCAACAAACUGAAGUUUUUUUCCUUUUGGAAAAGAAUCAUAUUUAAAUGGAUAUCGCCCUGUGACCAAUCGCAUAGAAGCCAAUAUUCAGUGUUUUAGUACAAAUAUAUAAUGACUUAAAUUUCAUACUAGCCUUGAAAUAAUAUUGUUGAAUAUAACAUAAAGUUUCAUAUAAUUGGUUAAGUACUCAAUGAAUGUGUUAAAAAUAUAUUUUACAAGUAAGUUUAAAAAAUACUGUGGUAAUCUUUUUGUGUUGUCUUGGUGAAUUUUAAAUAUAAAUACUAUAUGUACAUGCAUUAUCAAAUCCAGACGGGAGCCUCUUUGGCUCCCGCCCCAAAAAAAUCCAUGUAAAAAAAAUCAAGUCAAUAUAAUGGUAGAAAAAUUAUGCAUAGUUACACCAAAAUACAGCAUUUAAAGCUGCACUCUCACAGAUUGAUCAUUUUAACAACUUUUUUAUUUUUGUCUUUAUAAGAGCCAUUUUUUCCUUAAACGUCUUGAAACCAGUGAUAUAAGACUGCUGCCAAUAGAUCAGAUUACAGUUUAUUAUAUUUACGUUUAAAUUGAUGUUAUAUGGCUAAAAGCUUUACUAACAACGCUGUAAGAAAAAGGAAAUUUUGGGCAGUUUACCAAACUAUUGAAAUCCGUUAUAUUAUGAAUGAUCUAAUAUGACCGAAUUGGAGACAUCGAUGCCUAAAUCAGACGAUUUUGAGACAAAUGAAAUAAAAUUAAGUGUCUAAACUGACAAUCCCUGAGAGUGCAGCUUCAAGAUUAAAAAUAGUCCAAUGUUUCUGGGGGGAACUCCCUUUGUCAUGUUUAGAGCCUAUCUUGGGGAUUCCUGUAAGGAGGUGGGCACUUCCAAGAUUCGCCCCUAUAGUGUGCCACCUCUUACAUCAGAUCCUUGAUCCCUCACAUGCAUAUGAUUAUUAUCUGUUAUGAUAAUUUAGAUCUUAAUGUUGAACAUUAUUGUGUAUUAUAUGAGUAUUUAUUAAAGUGUAUAUUAGCAUUUUUUAAGAAUUAAAACGUUAAAAUGUUCA